CAAACACCCCUAUAUAAUAACGUAGGGGUAAUUCACGAGUGACCCGACCCGGCAGAAAGAAAAAGCUUUCCAUUAUGAAGAUGAGUACAUUAGAGAAGAAGAAGAAUGUUAAAUUAUUAGCAGCAAGUAGACAAGUUUUCAAAGCUGUUCAACAGAAGAAUUUGAUUUCAAAGGCUAAUCUUUUCAAUCAAUUUACCAAUGGAGAAGAAAAAGCAGCAACACAAAAUCUUAAUCUUGAGAAGUUCAAUCUUUUCAAUGGAGAAGAAAGGUUCAUCUUUACAAUCAUAUAAGCGUCAAUGGAAAUACAGAAAACAUGGAUGAUGUUGAUGAGCCCAUGGCAACUCACGUUCAAGACGAAAUACUUAUGGACAUCCUCAAAAGGUUACCUGUGAAGUCUCUUCUUCGAUUCAAGUGCUUGUCAAAAGUUUCGAGAGCAUUGAUCUCCGAACCUUAUUUUGAAAUGCAGCAUCUCAAUCAUGCCAAGCACGACCAAAAUUCCCAAAAAUUUCUAAUUAGUGAAGUAUACCCUUCAAGCUUUAUACCAUCGUGUUGCGUCCUCCCUUGUUGUUAUGAUGGCUUGGUUAUUAUCCAGGUUAUCGAUGGUACUCAUGAUAGACGCUCCAUACUUUUGCUAUGGAACCCCUCCACGAGAGAAUCAAUACUACUUCCAAAUCCAGAAUUUCUAGAGGUCGGAUGUCGUUUGGGAUUGGGUUAUGCAUCAACUAAAGGUGAUUAUAAGAUCCUUAAAGCAAACAUUAACGUACGUGAUCAUAGUUCAUCUAGUGAAAUUCUCAAUAUGAAAUAUGGUCUGUGGAGAAAAAUUGAUAAACAUCCUGUUGCCAGUUGGAAUUUGUUGCUAGAUACGUCGUCUUUGGCAAUGGUACACAUGACGUUUCAUUGGAUUGUUGCUGUUGGAGAAUAUGAUGUUGUGACUGAAAGAAAAGCUUCUUUGGUUUCAUUUAGUAUUUCAAAUGAAGUGUAUGGAGAAAUACCAUUGCCAGAGCAAGUAUUGUGUCCGACGCGCAUCUUCAGAUUUGGCGUUUCAGUAUUCAAUGAAAUGUUGUGUGUUUAUUCUUCUUCUGUUUAUAAGUCGGAGGCUUUUAAGUUAUGGGUAAUGAAAGAUUACAGUGUCAAGGAAUCUUGGAAUCUCGUGUUUACUAUUUAUGAUCCCUUGAUUUGUGAUUUCAAUCCAAAAUAUUGGUUUGCAGAUGGUAAAUGCCUAUACUGGUUUCGUCAUGUUCGAUCUCGUGAGACUGCAUUUAGGAUGUCUGAUCAAUCAUUUGUAUCAUGGUCUAAAAGUGGCAAUUUUACGGAAUCGCUUUUACUGAAAGCUUGAUCUCUCUGAAAUCCUUUUUUUAUUAGUUUCUUAUGUAUGAUCGAGGCACUUUUUUCUUUCUUUAAGGUUAUCAUGUACAAUCUCGUAAUCUUACUCACUGUAUGGGUCAUUAUUAUCCAUCAUUUCAUAGUGUUUUGUUUUGUUGAUACAAUGUUUGGAUAAAUUAUAUUUGUUGUUUAAUGAUAUCUUUAUAGUUUGGUU